AUGAUAAAUUACAGAUAUGAGCAACAAAACAUGACCAAUAUAUCAGCAGAAGCAAUGUCUCAACUUCUUCAAAACAACAAGUUGAUCAUGUCACGUGAUGGUCAUGCGACUUUGAUAAAGAAUGACGUCACUUAUGAAUAUGGUGGGAUUUCCAGAGGCGGAGGAACCAAUAUGAUUGGUUUAAUUGCACUUUCAAUUGCAUUUGGGGUUGUUUUGAAUAUUAUUAAAGAAGAUGGAUUGCCUUUGGUUAACUUGUUCAGAUCAUUGUGGACUGCAA